UGACACCAAAACAUCAGCCCUCAGCUGGAGGGGGGUUUCCGGUGUGCGCACGCGCAGAUUCGAAAGCGUCGGACCAGGCUGCGCAGGAGCGGAUCAGACAAACAAGCGACGGACUUUGAAGCGUAUCUUGACCACAAAAAGAGGAAAGGUGCUUCUACUUUCACUUCUCCGUCUGGACUGAUCUGGGAGAGGAGAUCCAUUCCAUCAUGGCUGCCGCUGCUCCAUCCUCCUCCUCCAAAGGCAGCUUGAGGGAGGACCUGACGUGUGCCAUCUGCUGUGAUCUGUUCCGGGAGCCCGUCAUGCUCCCCUGCAUGCACCAUUUCUGCAAACCCUGCAUCUCCAGGUACUGGAGGGGAACUCUGGGACCCGUCAGCUGCCCGCAGUGCCGCAAGGAGUUCCAUUCCAAACAGUUUCAGACCAACUUCCUGGUGGCGGCUAUGGUGGAGAAGGUCCGUGCCACCACCUCAGACUCCUACACCAAGAGCCUGGAGAAAAAACUCAGGGAGAUGAUGGAGAGCCACCGCCAAAGAAAAGAGAACUUCAUCCUUGGUGUCCGCAAAGACAAAGACCUCAUCAAUGUCAUAAACAGGGUUGGGACAGACAUAAAGACACGCAUCAAAGGUGAAUUCCAAGCUCUCCAUCAGAUUCUGGAAGAGGAGAAAACCUCCAUGCUGGAGCAGGUCACACGAGAGCAGGAGGAGCAGCUGGAGAAGGUACAGCGCCACCUGGAGGCUUCGGAAUCUGCCAUAACAGAUCUGGAGGAAAACAUGCAAGUGCUGCAGCAGUUUAGCUCUGCAGUGGAUAACAUUGAACCAGCAGAGCUGCCACAAUUGAGACCCUUUUCCCAUGUGGACCGGGUCCAUCAUUUUGAUGUCGAUGCAUUCAGCAACAGAUACUUGGCUCCGCUGCAGUACAUGACGUGGAGACGGAUGUUCAAGUCUCUGAGGCCAGGUUUGUCUCCUUUGACGUUCGAUGUGGACACUGCGCACCCAAGUAUUCACGUCUCCAGAGACAAAACGGCAGCGGUUGAGUGUGACUUCAUGACCCAGCACGCCUGUCACAGCAAGCGCUUCCUCCAGUGUGUCAACGUUCUGGCUGCGCAGAGCUUCCACUCAGGACGACACUAUUGGGAGGUGGAGGUGGGCUCCAGCGCUAAGUGGGACCUGGGCGUGGCGUCGGAGGCGGUGGACAGGCGCGCCCGGGUCAAGCUGAGCCCCGAGAACGGUUACUGGACCCUGCGGCUGCGCAACCGAAGCGAGUACUGGGCCGGAACGCAGCCGUGGACAAGGCUGCAGGUCAGCUGUUCGCCGCAGAGGCUCGGCGUUUACUUAGACUGCGACGAGAGGAAAGUGUCCUUCUACAACGCCGACGACAUGAGCCUGCUCUACACCUUCAAAAACGGGCCGAGAGGCAAAGUGUUCCCCUUCUUCAGCCCGUGCAUCAGUGACGGGAGACACGGCCUGCAGCCCAUAAAGCUCCUGCAUCACCCCGCUGAGUCCCUGCAUGGCUAGCUGCAGUCCGUCAAUACUGAGGGGCCGUGCUUCCUCACACCCGACCAAGAACGCUUCACUUCAGCUUUUAAAAGACGCCUUUAUGUCAGAAGAGCACUUUAUUUUCAGCUGCACUUGUUUGUCAUUCUUUCAGUUCACAAUCAGCCCAAGUGCCUCAGAAAAUGACAGAUUUCAUGUUAGAUGCGGUAAUAUUAAUUCAACAGUAUAAAUAAAUAAAAAUCUGAUAUCAAAUCACAGCUUCUGUAGUGAACUGUUUAGGUUCAGCAAAUGACUUGGAUUUAAAAUGAAGAUUUAUUCUGAAAAAUCUUCAACCAAAUGUUUGUGUUUUAUUCAAAGUCCACAUUUCUUGUUCGGAAUGUUUCCUGUUAGCCUUACUCUUCAAUUUUAUCAUUUGUGCCAAAUUUGUAAUGACGUUUACUUGCUGUAUAUUACCACCGGUGUGUGAUUUCUUCAAGCAAAGAGGAUUUUUGUCACGAUUAAUCGGAAGAUUAAAAUAAAAAAAAAACUUUAUGAACCAGA